AUGUCGAGGCUCAAAUCUGCUUCCAAACACAUGAUUUCCCCCACCAUCAGUGCCUGCCACGGUGCAUCUUCCCUCUUACCUAGUCUAGAAUCCCUGUUAUACGGCGAUGCGGCUGGAAGCAGCAGCGCUGGGAUUGAGGGCGCGGCAAGCGGUGGCGAGAGCGUCAAAGAGCUGAAGCAGCGGCUGCUGCGGGCUGUGGGGGGCACUCAAAGGGGCAAGGCAGCUUCUCCCCAGCAGCGAGAUCAGAUACUGCAACUAAUAGAGCAACUGGAGGCAGCCAAUCCAACGCCCUCGCCCAUGCUGUCUCCCCUUUUGGCCGGCACAUGGGCUCUGGUCUACAUCGCCCCCACCGAAGCAUCCACAAAUACCUUGGAUGCAUCAGAGGAAGGCCCUUUCCUCGCUCGUUUAAAGCCCGCGGUGUUUGGAGGGGUCAGGCAGAAAGCUAGCCUGCAGAUUAUCCAUCCCGACGAGGGCAGAGCAGAGAACGUGGCGCUAUUCACGGCAUGGGGAGUAGAUGGCAAGCUGCAGAUAGACGCGGAGUGCAAGGCACCAGAGCAGGAGAGCAUGCAGGGAGUGCGGUCCACUGUCCGCUUCCUCUCCUUCAAGCUCUCCCUCGGACCCCUCUCGUUCACGCUGCCCCUCUCCCUCAUCUCCCCCACUGGGUGGAUCGACGUGACAUACAUUGAUGAGGAGGUGCGAGUGACGAGGGGAGAUAAGGGCUCCGUGUUCCUUGCCACACGCGUCAAGGCGUGA